GUCAAUCAAGAAGAAGAAGUGGAUGAUAUGUAUAAUAGCGGGUAGAGAAUCUGAGCUCCAAUGACCCCUUUUGGUAAAUGCAGAGAAAGCGGAGCCAGAUGGCUACUACAAACAAAACUCCCAUUGCUGAUGUGUAUGCGUUUGUCUUUCUUCGUUGUCAGCUGUUGGGUGAUCCUCAUCUUUUCGACUUUACACUUGUCUCCCUACUUUCUUUCUUUCUUGGCCACUGUGAUUUUCUGCUUCCAUAACCAUUCCUGCCCACAUCCCAUUUCUUAGCUCCAUCUUCGGAGCAAUGGCUGGCAAGGAAAUCAUACACAAGAUGAAGGAAAAAGUUGGAAUAGGUUCUUCUGCAGACUCUGGAAAGGGCAAGAGCAAGAAAUCAAAGCAUGUAACGCAUGGCUACCACUUAGUGAAGGGAAAAUCACAUCAUGCCAUGGAAGAUUAUAUUGUUGCUCAAUUUAAGCAAGUUGAUGACAAUGAACUUGGUCUGUUUGCAAUAUAUGACGGUCAUCUUAGCCAUAUUAUUCCCGAUUACUUGCGAUCCAAUUUGUUUGACACUAUCUUAAAAGAGCCAGAUUUCUGGACAGCGCCAGAAAACGCCAUGAGGAGAGCAUAUCGCAUAACAGAUACUACUAUUUUGGACAAAGCAGCUGAUUUGGGUAGUGGGGGUUCGACUGCUGUCACGGCAAUAUUAAUCAACGGUCAGAUGCUGGUAGUAGCCAAUGUUGGUGAUUCUCGAGCUGUUAUCUGCAAGAAUGGUGUGGCCAAACAACUGUCGGUUGAUCAUGAGCCCAAUGUAGAAAGGGAGGAAAUUGAACGCAGAGGUGGUUUUGUCUCAAACUUUCCAGGGGAUGUUCCGCGCGUUGAUGGGCAAUUGGCAGUGGCAAGGGCAUUUGGUGACAAGAGCUUGAAAGAACAUCUCAGCUCAGAACCGGAUGUUGCCAAGGAAAUGAUUGAUGAUGAUACAGAGUUUAUUAUCUUAGCUAGUGAUGGGUUGUGGAAGGUAAUGUCGAAUCAAGAAGCAGCAGAUGCUAUAAAGAACAUAAAGGAUGCUCGUUCAGCAGCAAAACGCCUUACUGAAGAGGCACUUAGUAGGGAAAGCACAGAUGAUAUUUCCUGCGUAGUUGUAAAAUUUCUGUGAUAUCUGGAUUCCUCCUUUGUUUUUCUCGUUUGAUAACCAAGUCCCGGUUACCUGUAUUUAACUCUGGUACACUAGUAAACCUCGUGGUAGCUCCGAUCUUCGUGCAAGAAUAACUUGCCUGUUUCUUGCAAGUACAGAUUUCGCAGUUAUUAGUCUAAGUGGUUACACAUUUGUGAAAAAAAUAAUUAUGUUUAAAUUAAAAUAUCAAUUACGUUCCGCCCAAA